AUGGCUGAUGGCUGGCAACGACCCAAAAAAAACGUGCUCGGAAAAGGUUCACUCGGUGCCACUGCCGAGGAUGAGCAAGCCCGGCCAGCCGAGGGGAACUGGGCAAGUCUGCGAAAUUGGGAUGCCGAAGCCGACGGUGGCGAGGGAUUGGCUGCGCCGGACACAAACAGUGGGGCCAUGCUCGUCAUUGGGCCGAAGGGAAGUGUGGCUUUCGGCAACAAGAAUAUAAUAUGGCUUCGUGAAAGUUGA